UGCUCGCAGUUGCAGCGGCGGCCGCGGGCGAGCGGACCGCGAGGUGAGGAAACCGAGACUCAAAGACGGCCACCACUUGCCUUGGGCCACGAAGGAGGCAGAGCCAGGACUUAAACCCAGAUCCAGAGACGACGGGAACAUGGCUACCUGGAACGAAAAGACAGUCACCCGCAGGGCCAAGGUGGCUCCCGCCGAGAGGAUGAGCAAGUUCCUGAAGCACUUCACCGUCGUCGGCGAUGACUACCAUGCCUGGAACAUCAACUACAAGAAAUGGGAGAAUGAAGAGGAGGAAGAGGAAGAGGAGGAGCAGCCGCCACAAAACCCCAACUCGGCCGAGGAGGGCAGAGCUGCGAAUCCGAGCACAGCCCCCGCCUCCCCGCCCAAGCGCCCCCUGGACUUCAGGACCACGUUGAGGAAGCUCUUCAGCUCCCACAGGUUUCAGGUCAUCAUCAUUUGCCUGGUGGUUCUGGAUGCCCUCCUGGUGCUGGCCGAGCUCAUCCUGGACCUGAAGAUCAUCCAGCCCGACAAGAAUAACUACGCCGCCAGGGUGUUCCACUACCUGAGCAUAGCCAUCCUGACCUUCUUUAUGAUGGAGAUUUCCCUCAAAUUAUUUGUUUUCCGCUUGGAGUUCUUCCACCACAAGUUUGAAAUCCUGGACUCCAUUGUUGUCGUGAUUUCGUUCGUCCUGGACAUCGUCCUCGUGUUCCAGGAGCACGAGUUCGAGGCUCUGGGCCUGCUCAUCCUGCUCCGGCUGUGGCGCGUGGCCCGGAUCAUCAACGGGAUAAUUAUCUCGGUUAAGACACGUUCCGAACGGCAAAUGUUACGGUUAAGACAGAUGAACAUACAACUGGCCGCCAAGAUCCAACACCUGGAGUUCAGCUGCUCCGAGAAGGAACAGGAGAUCGAAAGACUGAACAAGCUGCUGAAACAGCACGGACUGCUCGGCGAGGUGAACUAGAGGCGCACGCGCCCCACUCCGCCGAGGAGGCCCCGCCCCACGGGCUCGCGCAGUGAACCAGGACGACGGCCGUCCC